AUGACAAAGUAAAGAUAAAACUCACAGUUAAAUAAGCAUUAAAUAAUACUAUAUGGAUUAGCGUUUACAGCAGUUUUAUUAGCGAUUCUUUAUGCCUAAUUUUCAUAUAUAUUUUUAGAGAACAAUAAAUAUAAUUAAUAAACCAACAAAGAUAAUGAAGCUGAAAACGAAGAAAGUAUCCAAAUGAGUUAAAUCAAAUCAGAAGAAUCUGAUAAUUAAUCAAUUAAUAUAGAUUAAGAAAUAUAAAAUUCUUAAGAUGAUGAUUCUGAAGAUCUAGAUUUAGUAUGUUUUGAAAUAUUUGAAUAGAAAAUAUAAAUUAAUUUAAAAAUGCUGCUAAUUGAAGUAAGCAGUGAUAUUGAUAGAAAGCUUUAAGAUGUCUCCAUAAAAAAGUAAGAGAUAAUUAGGUAGUAUGAGAUAUUAUCAAAACAGAAUUUGGAUUACUAACAAAUAAAAUAAAAGUUUUAACAAAUGGAAAACAUUUUUAAUAACUAAAACGAAGAAAGUACUAUGAAUUCUAAUGUUGAAGAGGCUGAAUAGAAUAGUCAAAAUGAUUAGAAUGAGUUAUUACUAGAUAAAGAAAGAUAAAAAAAAGAUAGUUACUUGAAUAAAUUACCCAAAUAAAUCUUAUAGAAAAUUCUUUGCUUCGUAGAACAUUAUGAUGAGUAUUAACAUAUUCUUUCAUUUGAAGUUUUAAAAUAUUCUGAAUUUAUCGAAAAUGAAUACUAUUUGAUCAAAUGGGAGAAUAAAAAUACGUUUUAUGAUUUGAUAAUACAUUUGCAUAGCCUAUUAUAACUAAAAGAGUAAAUAAAUUGGUAAAUUAUUAAUUAAGAAGCCAUGGAAGCAAAUUCAACUUUGAUUUAUUUUGCUAAACUUCUCUUAAGCGAUUUGUUUAACUUCUAUAAAGAGUAUCCAAAUCUAUUUUAAUAUACAGAUCCUUAUGAAUAAGAGUUAAUUGAUAUUAAAAACUCUUUGCCAAUGAAUUAUGUUAUAAAAAAUCUUGUAGAUUAAUGGGAGGAGAAUUGGUUAUAAAUGGAUAUCUCAUAUUCUUCUCAUUUAUCUGCAAAAAGAGAAGAGAAAAGAUAAGAAAGAUUUGAAUAAAUAAUGCAAAAUAGUUAAUUUUCAAACGAUAGAUUAAAGCAAAAGGCAAAUAAAAACAGUUAAAAAUAAGAAAACCCAAUAAAUAUCGAAGAAUCAUUAAUGAGUUAAGGAAAAUUAAAAAGUGAAUAAGAAUAAACUAAACUUCAACCAGAGGCAAUUAAAAGAGAUUCGAUUUAAUUCAGGUAAGAUGAUAUGAAUUAACAAUUUAAAAAUUUUGAUGAGAAGAAUUAUUAAUAACUAGAUUUGAAUGAAAAAGCAGAACAAAAUUAAAGAUAAGAAAGUAGUGAUAACAAAUAAAAUAGUAGUCUUUAUUAAGAAAUACAAAAUUUAUUCGAUGAAGAAAUUAGUUCUUAAAAUGAUUUCAAUGAUUUGUUAAUUGAUAUUGAAAAAGACAAAACUAAAAAAAGAUUAAAUGUAUAGAAAAGAGUUGACAUUAAAAAAAUAAUUGAAAUAUAUAGUGAAGAAGAUUCUGAUGAAAUUACUACACUAGAAGAAAAAGUACAAGAAUUAUGGAAUAGCAAAGAAUGGAGGCGAAUAUUUUAUGACCUUUAGUACAACAACUACUUCCUCGCAAAAAAGAAGAUUUGA